CAAUACACAAAUUUAAUCAAAGAUUAAAAUCAAAAAUACUAUAUUCUCAAAAUAAUGGCUGUAUUGUGGAAAUGAUAACCAGUCCGAGGUAGUGAGAAUAAAUACCUGAGUAAAAAGUAUUUAGAUGGAUAUGGUGUAUGUAUAGAGAAUUAAAACACAUGUUUUCAUGUGGGUUUUGAGCACACUAGUAUGAGGAGGAAAUCAAAUAGAAGAGACAUGGAAGAAGCAGAUGAACAACUGAUGUUACACUUACCACAAGAUAUUUCGUCUGGCUGAUGCAUGUGUAUUUUUUUUAAAAUUGCAAACCCGAGAGGACAUUGAUCAAAAGCAUCGUGUGAUACGAUUUAUUUGUUGUAUAUUAAUUAAAAUACUAGAUAUGAGGACAAUAGUGACGGAAGUGACACGUUAAUACCAUCAAACAUACACGAACUGAAUCCACUUGAAUAAAGCUUCAAAGAUAAGUUUACAAGAUGUAAAAAUAUGUACAUAAUGAAUUCAUGGUCAGCAGAAUUGUGCUAAAUAAACUAUGACAGAACUAUUUACGAAGGAAUGUGAUGUCGAAGAUAGGUGUAAAAUGGAGUAUGGUAUCCUGAUAUCUUAAUCUGUUUGUUUUUUUUAAUAUUGUGUGCCGGUAAGUGGGUUCAUACUAUAUUUAUAUUUGCUAUCAUAACAAGAUCCUAACCAUCUUUUCCAAUGAAUUUCUUUAGCACCCCCUGUGGAUGCUGGUCAAGUGAAAAUGGAAACCGAGCAAAAACCAGAAGUUGAAACAAAGAAGGAAGAAACUGAUGUCAAGUCCGACUCAGAAGUGAAAGAAAAACAACCAGAAGCAGUGACAGACAAGACAGCAGAAGUGAAGACAACAGAAACACCAGUCAACAAUACAUCCAACACCUCCCCUAAAGUGACGAAACCAGCCCCGAAAACUCCAACAACAGCCAAGACCACCCCAGCAGCAAAAGUACAGACAGCUAAUAAAACAGAGACAACACCUAAAUCGGCUACAGGAGCUGCUAAAGUAGGAAAUGGUACCACAAAAACUCCAACAUCGGGUGCAAAGGUGGCAGCUAAAGGUGCUAUAUUUGAGGCAAACGAUGACUCAUUUGAUCUAAGGGUAGAUGACACUCAGAUGAGUGAAAUAGAUGCUGAUCUUCUGAACUCUCAGGGUGAACAAAAGGUGAGUGCUAAAACAGAAGCUACGACUACAGAUUCAUCAACGGCAGAAAACCAAGUAACCACUCCAGAAACGGACAAAAAGGUAGAAGCUGAGAAAACGGACAAGGGCAAGUCUUCUGAAGAUAAAUCGGAUAAGAAGGAAGAAAAGAAAGGAGAAGAAAAGAAGGAUAUCAAAGAUAGCAAAUCAACAUCCAAGAGUUCAUCUCAGAGCACAAGAGAUUCAAAAUCAAAAGACAGCAAAGGAAGUUCCUCUUCGAGUCGUAACUUGUGGGUGAGCGGUUUAUCAUCGUUUACUAGAGCUACAGCACUCAAACAACUCUUCAGUAAAUAUGGCAAGGUAGUUGGAGCUAAGGUUGUUACGAAUGCCAGAAGACCAGGUUCACGUUGUUAUGGGUUUGUUACCAUGUCAACUGUUGAAGAAGCAACUAAAUGUAUACAACAUCUUCAUAGAACAGAACUUCACAGUAAAAUGAUCUCCGUUGAAAGGGCUAAGAAUGAACCAGGAACAUCAUCUACCUCUCAUAAAUCCGAUGAUAAACGUUCAUCAGACGAUAAGCGAUCUUCAGAUGAUAGGCGAUCAUCAGUUGAUAAACGAUCAUCAACUGAUAAACGAUCAUCAAGCAGCACUAGAAAAGAUGAUAAAAAAGAUGGUGAUAGAAAGGAUGAUAAGAAGGAUGAUAGAAAAAGUGAUAAGAAGGAGGAUAAAAAGGUUGAAGAAAAGAAGGAUGAGAAGAAAGUAGAAAAAAAGGAUGAUAAAAAGACACCAAGUAAAACAGAAUCUAAGGAUGGUAAAAAAGAGGAGGAAAAGAAAGAUGAUAAAGCCAAGGAAGACAAAACACCCAAGAAAGAUGACAAGACGCCCAAGAAGGAGGAGCCAAAAUCGGACUCAAAAUCAACCAAAUCAAGUGAGAAGAAAGAUCCUUCUAAAGAAGAUAAAAAAGAGGGAGAUAAAAAGAGUGAAAGUGAUAAAGAUAAAGAUAGAAAAAGUUCUCGACCAAGAUCAGAAAGGGGGAGGUCAAGAGAUCAUUCAAAGGGUCGCUCUAAAGAUAUUUUAUCUUUUGAACAAAUCCGAGCUGAGCGUGAAAGAGAAAGGAUUUUACAGAAAGAAAGACAAAUGAGAGAUGAGGAGAGACGUAGAUUAGAAAGACAACAAAAUCGACAAAAAGAAGUUCAUAUACGACAGAGAGAAGAGGCUGUCCGACUAAAGAGAGAACAUGAAAAAAUAAGAUUAGAAAGAGAGAGAAUAGAGAGAGAGAAAUUAGAAAUAGAGAGAUUACGACUUGAAAGAGAAAAAUUAGAAAGAGAAAAGGAGGAGUUACUACGCCAAGAAAGAUUAAGACUAGAAAUGGAAAGAAGAGCGUUAAAGAGACCAUAUGAAAGUCGUAGUAGAGAUGAUGAUUAUGGUGUAGGUGGUAAACGAGCUACAUUAGAAACGAGAUAUGAUCCGUAUGAUACUAGAAGAGACAGUGGUACAGGUAGAUACCAUGAUCGUACUAGUAGUUCUGGUACAGGUACUGAUAGAAAGGUAGAAAGAUACGAUAGACGAGGUUCAGAUACUACUAGUGAUCGUCGAGAUAGAGGUCGUCAUGAUACGAGUAGAGAUGAUAAACGUAAUGAUGAUAGAUAUACAAAUACAAGUAGUUCACGAUAUGGUACAGCUGAUAGAAGUGAUAGAGUUAGAGAUAGAAGUGGUAGUAGAAAUGAACGUACUAGUACUACUAGUCAUACAGGUAGUGGUAGAGCAGACUGGAAAGCAGAUAGAACAACACCGUCACAUACAAGAGAUAGUCAUGGUACAGAUUCUAGAAUGGUAAUGUCUGGUGGACGUGAUACAUGGCAAGGAAAUGCCAGUGGUGCAAUAACCAAUCAAAGGCAACCCUGGGGUAGUGGUAUGGAUCGUAAGUUAGGUCCAGUUGAACCAGCAGUCAUAGGUCGUUCUACUGACAGAUGGAUCGGAAACACCGCAAAUACAAAUCAACAUAGAGGCUACAAUAAUAUGGGGGUUGGGGUCAUGGGUACGAUGGGAAAUAAUGUCUACAUGGGUACUACCGCGCCGUCUUCAAAUAUGAAUUUAAUGGGUCAAAAUGUUUCUCGUCAACCAGACAAUAGAUUUGGUAUAGCAGCUGCCACAAUGAGAAGGUUUUAAUGUCUCCGUAUAUAUUCACAUUAGGGACCUUUUGCAUUGAUACGAAAACUUCAUCGAUUCAUGUGUACUUGUGACGUCAACCCGUAAUGAGUGUUCGGCUGGUGAAAAACAUUACGCGCGUGGAGCUGGAUUUACGUAGGUAUGCAAACGAAUAUGUUUCUUGUCUCAUAUAUUGAAUUCUCCACUAUUUUUCGAGGCUUUGUGUAUAUUGUUGAUUGUGUAGAGUUCGUAGAAUGUGCUCGAAAGCAAUAUUCUGCCUAAAAAUCAAUUGAAAACUUUGCCUAGACAGAAGUUCAUGAAGUGGAAAUUAACGCCAUCUAUCUAGUAUCGUACAUCGGAUUGCGAAACCGAGUGUUAGAGGAUACGAAAACGUAAAUGAACAUAUGUUCGUUUUGGUGUUCGUUUUCGUACCGAUGCGAAAAGUCCCUAUUAUAUUAUAUCUUUCUCUUGUUUUAUAAAAUUGUAGUCGAUUUGUUAUCAUUGUCAAUGCGUAGAAAAGUCUAGUGUCCAGAGAUCUGUUUGAAGUUACACAUCAAGUUUUUUCAUUUUAAAAUCAUGUCAGUGUGUAUAUUUCAUAUGUCAAUCUGUCAAUCAUUUUUCUGUUAUAAGUGUGACUCAACACGCAAGAUUUCAGUCAGUUUGUUGUAAUGCUUGUAUAAUGCAUAUUCAUUAGGUAUAAUGCAUAUUCAUUAUGUAUAUGAUGUUAAUGUUGUGAAUAUGCUGUAUAUAAUUGAUAUGAUCUUUAGUUUGUUCAAACUAUUCACAUGCAGUGCUUACUAUAUUUUAAUAAAAUUAAAUACAAAUAAA